AUGAGCUCACUAAACUACUCGCCCCUUGCUAAAGAAGAGGAGGUCUAUUGGACGGAGAAAGAAUCUCUGGGAAUGAACAUUGUCGUCAAAGAAGAAGAAGAAGAGGAUUUUUCUGACAAGGUUGCCAGUCUGGCAUCCUCAACCAUAGUGCCGUUUAGGCACACGCCCCCUAUCAGAGGAGGUCGGUAUGUGUCUGCUGGUGAAUCACCCAAGCCACACAGGAAAACCUCAUGUUCGGUUAAGUUCCGAGUUGAACUCACCUUGUCAUUUGUCACCAAUGGCGAACUCAUGACCAAGUUCACCGGGUUUGUGGCAGAUGCUGACGUCGAACCCACGCCGUUGCGCAAUCUGAAAAACCAUGAGAAAAUACACACAGGGGAGAAGCCUUACCACUGCUCCCAGUGUGGAAAGGGUUUCAGGCAUCCGGCGAAGCUGAAACGGCAUGAAAGAAUACACACAGGGGAGAAGCCUUACCACUGCUCCCAGUGCGGAAAGAGUUUUAACCGUUUAGGGAACCUGAAAAAACAUGAAAGAAUACACACAGGGGAGAAGCCUUACCACUGCUCCCAGUGUGGAAAGUGUUUCAACUGGCCUGCGGAUCUGAAACGGCAUGAGAGAAUACACACAGGGGAGAAGCCUUACCACUGCUCCCAGUGUGGAAAGAUUUUUAAUCAGUCAGGAAGCCUGAAAGCUCAUGAGCGAAUACACACAGGGGAGAAGCCUUACCACUGCUCCCAUUGUGCAAAGCGUUUUAUCCAAUUAGGAAGCCUGAAAGAACACAUGAGAGUGCACACAGGGGAGAAGCCUUACCACUGCUCCCAGUGUGCCAAGCGUUUUACCCAUUUAGGAAACCUGAAAGAACACAAGAGACUGCACACAGGGGAGAAGCCUUACCACUGCUCCCGGUGUUCAAAGCGUUUUACCCAUUUAGGAAACCUGAAAGCUCAUGAGCGAAUACACACAGGGGAGAAGCCUUACCAUUGUUCCCACUGUGGAAAGCGUUUUAACUAUUCAGGAAAGCUGAAAGAACACAUGAGACUGCACACAGGGGAGAAGCCUUACAAAUGCUCAGACUGUGGGAAGACAUAUUACUCAUCACAGUCACUUAAACAUCAUGUGCGAAUCCACACAGGAGAGAAUAAUUACUUCUCCUAGUGUGUAAAUUUAUAUUUCACAUCACAUUAACUUAAAAUUCAUCAGAGAACAUACACAGUGCUCCCACUGUCUUAUAUUGUUGUCUUAUAUUGUU